ACUUUCUCAUCAUCUUUUGAAUUGAUUAACCAAUUAUAUAUAUAUGGCUGCUGCUUCUAAAUUAUUUCUUCUUUUUCUUGUUGGUGCUUUCAUUUGCACCUCGAAUGCUCGUAAGCUGACAUACGAGAAGUCUUUUCAAGACGAAAAGACUUUUUACGGUGGUGGGCUUGGAGCUGGAGGUGGUAGUGGAUACGGUGGUGGAUUAGGAGGUGGGUCUGGAUUAGGAGGGGGUGGCGGAGUAGGAGGUGGUGGUGGAGGAGGAUUUGGCGGAGGAGGUGGUGGUGGAUUGGGAGGAGGGUCUGGAUUUGGAGGAGGAGCUGGUAGUGGUUUUGGUGGUGGGUCAGGAAUCGGUGGAGGAGCUGGUGGGGGGGGAGGAUUUGGUGGUGGUGGUGGUGCCGGAGGUGGACUUGGUGGUGGUUCCGGAGGAGGAUUUGGUGGUGGAUCAGGUGGAGGUUUUGGUGGUGGAUUUCCUUGAGUACUGCAUGCAUGGCAUAUAUCUAGUAUCUACUAUGUACGUACCAUAUGUAUAAUUACAAAGUGAACGGCAAUAUGGCAUGGUUGUGAGUUAAAACUUGUUUAAACAUUCUCUGUGUUCAUAUAUUUGAAUUAAUUAAUAUUUGAAACCAUAAGUAAUUAAACUGAUGGUUUCAUGUUGUGAUAAUAAAGAAAAAGUUGAACUUUGUACGUAUUUUUAUCAUAAUAAUUACUCCGUAUUUGUUA